AUGGAUAACCUCACCAUCAUUACAGAAUUCCUCCUCAUGAAUAUCUCAAACUCUCGGGAGCUCCAAGUCUUACAAGGUCUGCUGUUCUUAGUGAUUUAUCUGGGAGCCGUUGCUGGAAAUCUAGUGACCAUUACGGUCAUAGUGAGGGACGCUCAUCUUCACUUCCCAAUGUACUUCUUUAUAGGGAAUUUAUCCCUCAUAGAUUUUGGUUACAUCACAGUUACUGUUCCUAAAUCCGUGGUAAAUUUUCUGACUGGCAGUAAAUUGAUUUCUCUUAAAGAAUGUGCCACUCAGACUUUCCUAUAUAUUUUCUUUGGAUCUUCAGAGCUUUUUAUCCUUGUAGUCAUGGCUUAUGACCGCUAUGUUGCUAUUUGCCACCCUCUGCACUAUGGGAUCACCAUGACUUCUUGCCUGUGCACAAAGUUAGCUGGAGGAUCUUGGACCAGUGGGCUGGUCUAUUCUGCUAUGCACACAGGUACCCUAUUCAGAUUUCCCUUCACAGAGUCCAAUGUGAUCCAUCAAUAUUUCUGUGACGUAUCUCAAAUCAUGAACAUCUCAUCCAGGACUGUUCAGUUUUCAGAGUCGGUGGCCCUUGGUGUAAGUGCUUGCAUUGUCUUACUCUGCUUUGUCAUUUUAUUGACUUCAUAUGCUAAAAUAUUUUCAACUGUGCUCCACAUGCAUUCUGUGGAAGCCCAAAACAAAGCUCUGUCAACCUGCUCCCCACAGUUAGCUACUUUUAUUCUAUUUUCAUUUUCUGGAUUGUUUGCUAUAUUGGGCCCAGUUACAAAUGCAUCAACCAUUCCGGCCCUCUUAACGGCCAUGUUCUACUCCAUGGUGCCCCCCUUUGUCAACCCCAUCAUCUUUAGCCUGAGGAACAGGGAAAUUAAGAAUGCUCUAGGCAGAAUGUUUAAUACAUCUUUCCACUUGUCUAAAAGAGUAUUUGUUGUUUGA